AUGGAUGUGGCAAAUUAUUAUGCUAAACAAGCGAUCGCUUACGACAAAACCGGGCAUUGGCAAGCAGCAGAAUACUUCUAUUUGGUAAGGAUGUCAGGUCAAAGAAUAAUGUGACUUUAGGAAGCUGCCAGAGCUCUCACAGAUCUCAUAAACCAAGGAAAAGCUGAUAGAAAACUGUUUGAGACCGUUGAGAAAUAUAGAAAACGUGCAGAAAAUAUAAAAGUUCAAGGUAAUUCAAAAAUACUUGGUGUUUUAUUUAAAUGCCUUAGAGGAAUGUGCCAUUUCAAGUAAAAUAAAAUCAGAAGAACAAACAUCAGAAGAGAGGAUUGAAUUUAUUUUAUCACAAGGCCUCUCAAAAGAUGAAGAAGGUAGCCACAGGGAAGCAUUAGCAUUGUACACACAAGGAGUCCAAUAUUGCCUCGAUUGUGUGAGUUUUCUAUAAAUUAAUACCAUUCGUAGGCAAAGAAAACGCAAAAUAAUGAACUCAAACGGCGGUUUCAAACACUAGCUACAGUUGCAUUGGAACGGGCAGAGAAAUUGAAGGAGUUAUCUACAAGUUCAGAACUACCAGACUUUCCCGAUAUUCCUGAUGAUGGAAUUCUGGGCUUGGAUAUUCCUCGAGAUGAAGACCCUAUGCCAUCAUCGAGCAAGUCAAGUUUGAAGGUGAGAGGAAAGGAAUGUUUGAAUUCAGAAGAACUGAAACUAUUAGCAUUUACCUCUAAAAUUAAUGGGAUCUCAUUUAUGCCAUUCUUGAAUGAUGAUAUCAGAGAGCGAUUUGCAUUUCCAAUGCCGUUUUGGUAGGUCAUUAGAUCAAUAAUACAGUAAAUUGUAGCGACCAUGAUGGGUUGCUAGCAUUGGCUGAGAAACAGAAAGCCAGGUUGAAAACUUGGUAUCGCCUUCCCGAUUUAUGCCAAGAGCCUAAAAUCAUAGAGAACAUAAAUUCUGGGACCAUAAAACAGGUAAAUCAAUUUUUCUUUUUUAUUCUGCUUUAGAAUCUGGUGUCCGAUUGUUCCUUCGUCGCCUCAUUAGCUGUUUCCGCUCAGUAUGAGAGGAAAUUCAAGAAGCCUUUGAUUACGAACAUUAUAUACCCACAAAAUAAGAAAGGGAUACCUGUUUACAAUCCAUGUGGCAAGUACAUGGUGAAGUUAUAUCUAAAUGGGAUCUUGAGGAAGGUCCUGAUAGAUGAUCGGCUGCCAGUGGGUGCUGAUGGAGAGUUCCUUUGCUCUUACAGUCAGAGAAAGAACGAGUUUUGGGUUCAGUUGUUGGAAAAGGCCUACAUGAAAGUAAUGGGUGGCUAUGACUUCCCGGGGUCUAACUCGGUUUGUGCUUAAUGGUUAUGUGUAAAUACAAUAUUAUUCAGAAUAUUGAUCUAAAUGCCUUGACUGGAUGGAUUCCUGAGCGGAUUCCUUUGCAUUCGAAGGUUGACCCAGUGGAUAAGGAUACUGUAUUUGAGAAACUGUUCCAAAGAUAUCAUCAGGGUAACAAUUUAUUAUUUUUGUUUCUAUUGAGAAUUUAGGCCAAUGUCUUGUUACACUGGCCACAGGGAAGAUGCCUGUAAGUGAGGUCGAGAGAUCUGGAUUGGUUGAUUCACAUGCCUAUGCUGUUCUUGAUCUAAGGAAGUUUGAAAACAAAAAAUUACUUCUUGUAAAGAACCCUUGGACUCAUCUUAGAUGGAAAGGCCGAUAUUCGGAGAAGGACACGGAGAGUUGGACUCCAGAAUUGUGCAAGGCACUCGACUACAACCCCAAGGAUGCUCAACAAUUUGAUGAUGGGGUCUUCUGGAUUGAUUUGGAGUCGGUAUGCCAUUUCUUUGAUGUCUUUUAUGUCAACUGGAAUCCCAUUCUUUUCCCCUUCAGUUAUGUUUUACAUUCGUAAGUGGUAUUUUCCCUUGUAUAAAAAUUUGUAGAUGUUGGACAGCUGGACAAGGCCCCAUUAAGGAUUUGUAUUCAAUAAGUGAGAAUCCUCAAUACAAAUUGGACGUGAAUAACAAGCUUGGAGCGGCUGCUGUUUGGAUUUUACUUACGCGACAUAUCGUGGAUAAGGUAAAUUCGACAUGAUUGUUUAACAAGCAUUCCAGCAAGAUUUUGAGUAUAACACCGAGUAUAUUACAGUGGUUGUGUAUCCCACCGGGAAGAGAAUACAUUUACCAAGUAAGUACUGUAAUUUUUAAUUUAAUAUUUAGAUUCACCCAAGCCAUUAAUUGAUGGGGCCAGAAUAAACAGUCCCCAUUACUUAUGUCAACUCAACAUAACUGACCCAGGAGUCCAAAGGUACACAUUGGUUGUUGCUCAGGUAAGUUUAUAUUACGCUCGAUAAAAAGUUUUGCCCAUAAUUUUCUGAAAUUCCUGAGACUUCAAUGAGGCUUUUUUCUGGGUAGGGUGGGGACAGUAGAUUACAAGAAACAUGUAACAUACCAGUCACCGGCUAAAACAGCGGAGAAAAGAAAUUAAGCAAUGAGGACUCAAAGUGUUAAGGCAAAAGUACGCCUAAAAUCUAAGAAUGUUGAGAGGCUAGGAAUGUCAAUGCUUCUGUAGAACAAUCGAUGCAUCCUUUUUACAUAGGUUCAAGAUUUACUCUACGUCCCCCCGCCUGAGCUUUACUGGUCAAAAUAUAAAUUGAUGGAUACACCCAUUUUAGUACACCCUGAUUCCUUUCGGAUUAAUCCCACUAUUACUUAUGAAAAAGAGUCACUUAUGGGCUACUUUUCCGCUACCUCCACCGGCCUCUGCAAGCCGAGAUAAUCAACCAACAAGUUUGACCAAAAAAGUCGCCUCGAAAAGUUCUCCUUUUCGAAAGGAGGAUGGCAGCGAACCAAACGGGGUGGUCUGGAAGGGCGCUUCCGGGCCUUUACCUUUUCAGGUUCGAAUCCGCAUGGGUCCGAACCAGAGAUUGCCACGGCUCCGGAGCCGGCUCUUGGCUCCGGCUCCAAGCGGCUCCGAGCCGGGAGCCAGAGCCGGAGCCGGAAAUUUUGGGGUCGGCUCCGGCUCCCGAGCCCAAAGUCGGAGCCAGGCUUCCCAGUGGUCAGAAAAGUAAAAAUUUCGUGAUCUUGUUAAACCAAAUUGCUUGAAAAACACUGCGGAGGAUGUGACUUGACUGCAAAAACGUUGGCUUUAUGAUCUCUGGCACUAAUAACUUUUAUUUUUGGAAAAAUAUUUUUAAAAAACGUUUUGCACGGAGCCAAGAGCCAGAGCCGGAGCUGCAAAUUUGGCCUCGGCUCCGGCUCUGGGAGCUAAGACUCUGGGAGCUAAGAGCCGGAGCCAAAAUUUUGACCGUGGCAAUCUCUGGUCCGAACUUGUAAAUAAAUUUAUAAAACUUUCUGGUAAAAUAAAAUUUUCGAUUUUUCCAUAUUUUGCGAUGAAAUUUCAGUGGGUUUUAAUUUUUAUAAGUUUAAAAUCUACGUAAAAUAUGGAAAAAAUAAAAAAAACUACAGUAAAUUUACUUACUGAAAUAAUGGGAGAUCUGAGCUAGAAAAUAAUCGACUUGAAACUUGCAAGAAAAUGGUCAAAAUUUUUUAUCGACCCUAAUAAUAUAGCAUUGCCAGAUUUGAUUGCAGUACGAAAAGUCGACAACCAUAUAUUACACUCUUCGGUUGUACAGCACGACAGAAUUCUCUUGUUCAGAGAUUAAACAUCCGAAAAUUCAGAAAACAAUUCCCGGAGAAUGGAAGGGAAUUACUGCCGGAGGGUGCGGAAACGGUGCAUCUCGCGAAACAGUCCGGUAUGUCACUUGUUUUCCGAAAAAUAACUUUUAAAUCACGUUCUCAAUUCACUAUUUGUUAUUUAUUUUUAGUAAUAAUCCCAUCUUCCACUUGGAGCUUGAUGAUGGAAGUGAUGAAAAUACAGUGGUCAUUGAUCUCAGGGGCCCCAAACAAUUUCAUGUGGGUUUUGAGGUGGUCCAGAUAUCCUCACGAAGGAAUAAACCCUUCAAUAGAUGCACUUCUGGAGACUUUCGAUCCGGCUGCACAGUUCUGGAAUUGAACUCAGUGCCUGCGGGCACGUAUUCGAUAAUGCCGAUGACAUUUAACCCAGGCCAGGAAGGUCCUUUUCUUCUCAAAAUUCAGUCUGAUACCGGUUUCAAAUUUAAACGUGUACAAUAG